AUGCUACGAACACAAGUCGUCAAGCUCGCAAGAGCCACUCCUGUGGUGCGGAGAUCUUUCUCCUCCACCGUCAUGAGGGCUGCUGAAGGUGAUACUGGUGCCCCAAGAUCUGGUGGCUCAGCAUCAAGUGAUGCUUUCACCAAGCGUGAGCAAGCCAGCGAAGCAAAAUAUAUCCGAGACAAGGAACUGGAAAGCAUCAAGAAGCUGAAAGAGAAGCUUGAAGCUCAACGUGAGCACUUGAACAAGUUGGAUCAACACAUCAAAGAUAUGGAGGCUGAGAGAUCUGGUGGCGAGCAUCAUUAA